AUGCCUUCCGAAGGACCUGAGCGCGGCCAGUCCCCCCCUCCCGAGCGCCAGACUGGCAAGCAGCAAAGCGCUGUUGCUGGUUCCGGUACCGGAGUCGACGACGCUUCCAACAAGGAACAGAUCAACAAGUCUGGUCUCGAGAACCUCACAUCCAACCCCAAGGGUCCCCUAGACGACGAGGUCGAGAGAAAGUUCGCCAAGACGAGCAAGCCUGAGGAGUCAAAGUAA